AUGAGGUCAUGGGCAAUUCUUCUUCUGCCGCUUUGCUCCUACAGCUGGUGGUGCGAGACCAGUAACCGCACUGGCUGUCGUGGACAGCUGCGGCAUUUCGUCCGGGACGCAUCCGUUUCCAAUCCCUUCUUGGCAUGUACUGACAUAAAAACAUCACCCAUCGAUGAUCCUAUUGUGGUGGACUGGGAUCUUGAUGGUGUUUUAGAAGUGAUCUUGAGGACCGAGAAAGGACUUCUGCUAUUCGACUUCAAACAAGGAAAUCAUUUCGUGCAAAUGGAGCCAAGUGGAUUUGAAAGCAUUCCUCCUUUGAAGGAAUAUUGCAGGCCAGCAGUGGUGGAUUGGAACCAAGAUGAGAAGCCUGAUUUGGUCAUAGGAGCGAAGGAGGGGAUCCAGUACUACGAAAGGAUUUUUGGCGGAGCACUCCAGCAGAGAACCGGAGAAGACAACCCCUUUCGACACAUCAAAACGAAAGGAGACUUUUGUUCCGACCUGUCUUUCGCUGAUUGGGACGGUGAUGGUGAUUGGGAUCUUUUGGUUUCGGAUCUGUUUCUGCCAAUGCAAUACUUUGAGAACGAUGGCGAUGGCAGACUAUCGCCUGUCGAUGAAGAGAGGAACCCCUUUCGGCACAUUCUCCAAAACACCACCGGAAGAAGGCCUUUGAUGGUGGAUUGGAAUGGCGAUAAACGGAUGGAUUUGUUGCUCCUGCCAAAGAUCUGGAACAGACUUGAACACGCCGACAACUUCAUUGGUCACAAGGACAAGUUUUGUUUCGUAGACUUGUAUGAGCAAUCGGAUUCCGGAGAGCUUUUACUGAGUUCUGAUCCUCUUCUUCGCAACAAGGGCUGCAGCAAUUUCACUGGCUCUGGUGUAUCUCUGGCCGACCUGGACCAUGAUGGAGAUCUGGAUGUGGUUUUUGGUGCGUUUGGAGCACCAUUGCAUGUCUUUGAACGCACCCCAAGUGGAUGGCGUGCGCCAAGCGCUGUCAAUUCCAGCUCAAUUCCGCUUGAUAUGAUUGAGCUUGACAUUGAUUCCUCAGGUGAAAACUACUUGCACCCAAGCCUUGUUGACUGGGACUUGGACGGUGACCUCGAUUUGGCUCUGCUUCAUGACAGUCCAUUAUCUCAAAGGCACCGCUACUUUGAGCAUCAAUCAGACGGCACUGUCAAGGAGAUCAAUAGCACAACCUUGUCAUCUUCGACAAGUCUCGUUUCCUGCCCGAUCGAUUGGACGGUUCAGGUCAGCUUUACUGACUUCGACCGUGAUGGAAAGAAGGAUCUAAUCGGCUUUCACUCAACUGGCAUUGUGCUCAUUUGCAAGCAAACCUCUUCAGGGUUUGACUUGGUGCCGGCUGAUAUGAAUCCUUUCUACUCGGGACCAAAAAGGUCUGAAUGCUUUUUGAACAGCAGCGACCUUUGCCCUUGGGACAACGAGUUUUCGUUUGGCCGAUUUCAUUGGGGCGGAUUUCCUUCUUUCGUGGAUUGGGAUUCGGAUGGAGACACGGACAUGCUCAGAAUUAAUGGCCUCAACCAGGUCUACUUGUAUGAGCAGUUGCCCAACUUCACGUUUCUUCCGCAACCCCUGCCCGUUCCUGCAGCCCGCGACUAUACAGCGGCAGAUUUCGAUGGAGACGGGGAUGUUGACAUCAUGAUCUCUGUACCCAAUUCAGACCAGUUUCUCUAUUUCGAACGGCGAGGCGAUGGAAGGCUUGAACGGCAUUUUGGCACUGACAACCCGUUCAAUGCUGUUGGCAAGGCAGCUCACAGCGAGGUCUUUGGUAAGUUGGGAAAGGCACAACCGCGGGCACGCAGCACUUUGGGUGAUUAG